AUCAAAACACAAGGAUCAUGGCUCUCUGGUGUUGUCUCUAACCCACUCCAGAGCCCUCUCUCUCUCAUCCAAGUCGCUUGAUGAGCACUUGAAACCUCUUGAUGCUUUAGACAUGAUGGAGCCAAUAAGAGGAUAUGGAGAUGGGUACUUGCUCUCCUUGACCCUGGGCUCACCCCCACAGGUGGUCCAAGUCUACAUGGACACAGGUAGUGACCUCACAUGGGUCCCUUGUGGCAACUUUAGCUUUGAUUGCAUGGACUGUGAUGAAUAUAGAAACUACAAGCUUCCAACUUCAACAUUCUCACCAACCUACUCUUCCUCAUGCAGUAGAGAUCUAUGCACCAGCCAAUUUUGCACCAAUGUGCAUAGCUCCGAUAACCCUUACGACCCGUGCGCGAUGGCCGGGUGCUCGCUGAGCACUCUUGUAAAUGGCUUCUGUCCCAGGCCAUGCCCUUCUUUCUCCUACACUUACGGUGCAGGUGGAAUGGUCUUGGGGAGCCUCUCUAGGGACACUUUGAGGGUUCAUGGGACUGUUACUAAAGAUGUCCCAAGUUUUUGCUUUGGUUGUGUGGGCUCUUCAUUUAGGGAGCCAAUUGGAAUUGCAGGAUUUGGAAAGGGUGCACUUUCUCUCCCCUCACAGCUUGGCUUCCUCCAAACGGGCUUCUCCUACUGCUUCUUAGGGUUUAAAUAUGCAAACAACCCUAAUAUCACUAGUCCUCUUAUUGUAGGGGAUCUUGCAAUCUCCUCUAGGGAGAACUUCAUGUUCACACCCAUGAUGAGGAGUCCCACAUACCCAAAUUACUACUACAUAGGCCUACAAGGCAUCAGUAUUAGCACUGAUGCUAGUGUUAUUGAAGAAGCCCCUCUAAAUUUAAGGAGCUUUGAUUCAGAAGGGAAUGGUGGGAUGAUCAUUGAUACAGGCACAACAUACACUCAUCUCCCCGAGCCUUUCUACUCGCUCUUGCUAUCGAACUUAAGCGCGAAGAUCGCGUACGAGAGAUCAAGCGAGUACGAGCAGCGAACCGGGUUCGAUCUAUGUUACAAGAUUCCGUACUCCAACGGCUCGCACUCGGACGACCUUCCCUCCGUAACGUUCUACUUCGCGAACGAUGUGAAGCUCGCAUUGCCUAAGGAGAGUUGCUUCUAUGCUAUGAGUGCUCCGAAGAACGGUACGGUUGUGAAGUGCUUAUUGCUACAAAGCAUGGAUGAUGGGGAUUAUGGUCCAGUUGGGGUUUUUGGGAGUUUCCAGCAACAAAAUGUGGAGGUGGUGUACGACUUAGAAAGGGAGAGAAUUGGUUUCCAGCCUAUGGAUUGUGCUUCUUCUGCAGAUGCAUAUGGCCUCCACUAGAAGCUGAGAAGUUCACAAUAAAAAAAAAAAAGCCCAAGAAUAUAGAAAUAAAGCAGUUGCUGUACUUCGAGUCUCAGAAAGGUUCCUAAACUUUUUUGUGGUUCUUGUACUUUUCUAUGGGUUUGGAUGCUGGAUUAAGGUGAUUGUUUAGUUGGAAGAUCACUUUAAUUAAUGCAAUAUAUAUAUAAUUAAGAGUUACUUGUCAAAGCAUCGAAUCAUGCACCGCCGCUCGCUAAAUAAUCACCAGAGGAAUGCAUCUAUUAAAUUAUAUACUAGUUUGUGUUAGUGCUGGUGCUCUGA